AUGGAUCAACAAAAUCCAAAUCGCUCUUCAACAACUCUAGAAGGUCGUGAAGACGACACCACCUUCGCACCCCUAAACACCCACCAAACAACAAUGAGCCGCAUCCGUCGCUCCCUCUCCCACACCCACACCCACACACACUCCCACGACGGCUCCCAGAAAGAAAACCGCGAUCCAGACCUAGAUAUCGACCUGCCCUACCGAACACUCAGCGCCAACGCAAAUUUAGACGAGUACCGCGUUGAAGUCCCAGGCGGUGCCAUCCCCGGUCCUAUCCAGCCUGAGGAGAUCGCGAGAAAGUCGACGAACCAUGAGCCUGGACAGGAGAGGCGGUAUAAGCUUGUCACCUUUACUCCUGGUGAUAAGGAGAAUCCUAAGAAUUGGAGCAAGGCUUAUAAGUGGUGGUGCACUAUGUGUGUGGCGCUGACGUGCUUCGUUGUUGCGUUCUGCUCUAGUGUUAUCACUGCUGAUAUCGCAGGCGUGGUUAAGGAUCUGAAUGUUAGCAAUGAACUUGCUCUUGUGAGUAUCAGUCUAUUCGUUGUGGGUUUUGGUGUUGGACCUAUGGUCUUUGCACCUCUUUCUGAGAUUUACGGUCGACGAAUCAUCUAUGGCUCUACUCUUCUUAUGGCUGUCAUCUUCAUCAUUCCUUGUGCCGUGGCAAAGAAUAUCGAGACUCUUCUCGUCUGCCGAGCCAUCGAUGGUAUUGCCUUCUCAGCACCCAUGACCCUUGUUGGUGGUACACUCGCCGACCUGUGGAAGAAUGAAGAGCGUGGUGUCCCCAUGGCUGCAUUCUCUGCUGCUCCUUUCAUUGGCCCUGCGAUUGGUCCUCUUGUCGGUGGUUUCCUCUCUGAUGCUGCUGGUUGGCGAUGGCUCUAUUGGAUCCAGCUCAUCCUCGCCUUCGUUGUCUGGAUCCUCAUCACCUUCACCGUUCCCGAGACGUAUGCCCCUACUCUUCUAGCCCGUCGUGCUCGCAAGCUUCGAGCUGCUACUGGUGAAACCGACCACGUCACAGAGCAGGAACUCGAUCUUCGACCUCUCUCUGAGCGUCUCCGCAUCUUCCUUAUUCGACCUUUCCAGCUUCUCUUCGGCGAGCUCAUCGUCUUCCUUAUCUCCGUGUACAUGAGUGUCCUCUACGGUCUUCUGUACAUGUUCUUCGUUGCCUUCCCUAUCAUUUACCAGAAGGGCAAGGGUUACUCUGCUGGAAAGACUGGUCUCAUGUUCAUUCCUGUCGCUGUCGGUGUUCUCCUCUCAGCCGCUUGCUCUCCUUGGGUCAACAACCACUACCUCUCGCUCGUCAAGAAGCACAAUGGUCAUCCCCCCGCUGAGGUUCGUCUUAUUCCCAUGAUGGCCUCAUGCUGGUUUAUUCCUAUUGGUCUCUUCAUCUUUGCCUGGACUUCAUACAAGGAUCUUUCUUGGGCUGGUCCUGCUAUGGGUGGUUUCCCCGUUGGCUUUGGCUUCAUCUUCCUUUACAACUCUGCCAACAACUACCUUGUCGACUCUUAUCAGCAUCAAGCUGCCUCUGCUCUCGCCGCAAAGACUUGCAUCCGAAGCUUCUGGGGCGCUGCAGUUGUUCUCUUCACUGAGCAGAUGUAUGAGCGUCUCAACGACCAAUGGGCCUCAACACUCCUUGCUUUCAUCAGUCUAGCUUGCUGUGCCAUUCCCUUCAUGUUCUGGAAGUACGGUGCCAAGAUCCGUGGGCGUAGCAAGUACGCUUACGCUGGUGAGGACGAGACUGUCGACGAUAUUGAGAAGGCCAAGGGCCAUGUUAACACUCAUGGCGGCGCUCAAGUCCGUGACGACUCUGAGGAUGAGGAUCUUCGCCGUGCUCGCAGCUACGUGAGCAACCCUUAA